AUGGCACCGCCAGUCCACACUGAAACGGUCAGACGCAGGGAGACGGAGGGACUAGACUACGGCUGUGACAGGUCGAGGGUUCCGCCGCUGCCCUUUGCUGGACUAUACAGGAUGCUUCAGGACCGCGGACAAGGCUCGCUGCUGGCCAUGUGGAAACUAUCUUCUUGUCACCAGGAGCUAUGGAAGGAUCUUAUAGAAGCCAUGUUCAGGAAGAUUAACGCCGUGUUCCGGCCCAAUCACGGCCACCGCGGGCGGUGCGAGGACGACUACCACAGCGCCUGCACGGUCAAGCUGGUGCGCAGCACGUCCAUGCUGGUGGUGGGAGAGGCCCGCGGCGGCGCCAGGGCCAACCGUACGCGCCUGGAACCGGACGCCACGCUGAAGCGCAGCAAGAGCUCCGUGACCCUGGAGUCCACCAGCACCACCAGCACCACCAGCACCAGCACCACGGCGCUGUACUACUACCAGAGCCGGCAGGACCAGAUCUGGCUCUACUCGCAGAACCAGAACUGUCUGCAGUACCUGCAGGAGCUGGUGGCGCUGAGGAGGCAGUACACGCAGAGCAUCAUGAACAUCCACAACGCCGAGCGCAGGAACUCGCUGGCGUCGGAGGCCAAGAAGAAGGUCGCUCCGCAACCGCCACGGGCCAAGGCCUCUCAGAGCGCGAGAGCGGAGCCCACCGCUCCUCCGAUUCCUAACGAGGAGGACACGCUCCAGUACUUGGACUCCGUCAUCGCCAGCUGUGACCCGGAGCCCAAGCGCAAGCCCAACAUGGACGACGGCAACGCCGACGUGGACUUCGUCGUGGCCACCAGCACCAGUGAGCAUGACCUCCACUCCAACUGGGUUCUGCGAGACCCGCGUCGGUUCUCCAUGGACGAGUCCCGGCUGCGUCACGCAGAGCCCAAACCGGAGCCCGGACCGGGCCCCCCCACCACGGGCAGACGCAAGGGCCAGAGUGGCACGACCGCCAGCGCCCGCCGUCUCCAGCGCAACCCCAUACAUCUUCCCAAGGUGGUGGAGAGCGCCUUUCAGACGCUCCGCUUCAAACCCAAACUAAAGAAGAAGGACUAAAGCCUUUCAGACCUUCCGCUUCAAACCCAAA